CAUCAGUUUGACUACUUUUUCUGGUUUCACUGGUUUGAAAUCAGCUAGAUUGUUUAGAUUUCGUAACGUUUUUGUGUUUUAAGUUCCCCUCAGGUUUUCUGGUUUUCUUUUACACCUCAAACGUUUUCGUGGCAUUAGUCGAGGUUGAGAGGGUUUCCAUAAGCUAAUGAAGACUUCACGUUAACAGACGAAGAAACGCUAAAGCGAGCUGCUAAAGUGUGGGAUGAUUUCACCUGUUCGCUGACAGACAGAUUUAGCUGGGUCAUCUGAGAGAGCCUGGCGAUGUGGACCGAUAAACAUAGAGGAAUCAGAGUUUCUCAGGAAGAGCUGCUGUGUAAAAAUGGCUGUGGUUAUUAUGGAAACCCCGCCUGGAAAGGCUUCUGCUCCAAGUGCUGGAGGGAAAAAUCACGCCCAGCUGGAGUCUCAAGACAUGAUGCGAGGCCGAGUAAUGAUGGAGCGCCUCCAACAUUCUCCAAGUUUGAGGAGAAGAAAAACAUUGAGAAGGGUAGCCGUUAUAACACGGUGAGGAGGCUGUUCUGGGGCAGCUCCUCACCUCCAAAACCCCAAGAGUCCUCAGAAAGCAAUGCAAACAUGUUAAAAGCCUUUCAGAGUCUGGAGCCUGGAGAUUUCCCCAGUUUCCUAAAGAUACUCCGGAGUCCAUCUUCCCAACGUUUACAGUCCCGCUGUACCGCUUUCCUCAAAACAAUGGAGGCUUAUCAUGCUCUUCCGGUACAGAAGCAGUCGGACCUCGUGCAGGAUUUUUUCCAGUCUUUUGCAGAUGUUUUUCGAAGUUUUCCCGAGGAUCAUGUCACCCAGAUAAUGGAGCAUGUUGAGAAGCUGAUAAUGACGCGGCUGCACAAGUGGGUUUUCUGCCACGACAGCAGCGAUGACGAGCUGAAGGACCUGGCUCUUCAACGAAGGAUACGCUCCUUAAACUGGGUCACUCCGCGCAUGCUGAGUGUCCCUUUUCCACAUGAAAACAUUCCAGUCACGGGUGACCCGUUUCUCCCUGCUAUAACAGCCAUAAUAGAAAUGGAUGCCAAACGUGCGCCACAGGAUAAGCUCGCGUGUGUGUCCAAAUGCAGUCAGCAGAUCUUCGAAGCUCUCUCAGCCUCCAACAACGAGCCCGCCAAUGCUGACGACUUCCUGUCAAGCCUGGUUUAUGUGUUGCUGAAGGCCAACCCCCCACGGCUUCACUCAAACAUGCAGUACAUGAUUCGUUUUGGACUCCCACACAGUCUCAUGGCCGGAGAGAGCGGCUACUACUUCACAAACUUAUCCUGCGCGGUGGCCUUCAUUGAAAAGCUGGACGGACCAGCGCUCAGUCUCAGUCCAGAAGAGUUUGAGAGCUACAUGCGAGGUCAACGCGCCCCCGCUGCUUUAACCAAGAGGCAGCAGGUUGUUGGGGAAACGCAGCACGUGCUAGAGGAGCUGCAAGGCAGGCAGGAGAGGCUGCAACAUGGAGCGGAUGUUCUUGGCGUGGAGUUACAGGAGUGGGUUCGAGCAAUCCACACACAGCUGGACGAGGCAACAAACCAGCUUGUGGAGGUGCAGAAAGAGAUGAAAGCUCAAGCUGAGGCCUCACGGGUUUCAUCAACAUGUCCAGAUGAGUCCACGAGAGGAAGGGAUGAAGAAGAAUCCAUUCUAGUGCCUUCCGAUCAACAUGUUGGUCCAAAGAAUCAGAAUGUGGCACCUAAUCAUUAACACACACAUGGGCUGCAGGAAAAACAAGAUUUGUUCUUUUGCACACGUUUCAUCUGAAGAGAAGAUUAUAUUUAUAAGCAACAUGAGGAUGAAGGAAGCUUUUGGAAAGUCUCGUGAGGUGUUUUUAUUAAUUAAACUAAUUUUCACUUUUCCCAUUUUAGGAUGAAUUCUGUGAGAUUAUUCCAUUUUAGUGACAAAGUCGAUUAAAUAUAAGUACUCAGGGAAAACAGUAUUUAGUGAUAUCACAUAACUCUUAGCAGUUUUUCAUUAACAGUGCUUACACCUUAACUGCUGUAAAAACAAAUGUGAAAAAGCAGGUUUUGACCACUACAAGUUUGUGGCAUGUUGAUGAGAAACACAUACAUGAUAGAGCUGUUGUCUUUCCCCUUUUUUCCUUUUGUGAAAGUUGUUUACAACUAGUAAAAUACGUAUGAAGAUAAUUAAAAUGUAAAAUAUUUUGUUCAAUAAUUGUACCUGAUAAUAUAUUAAAGCUGAAAUGUGAUUUGAA